GGAUGGCGGACAUGAAAGGAGCACAUAGUGAACCGGCUGCUACAGAUGUUCAUGACACUGUUAAGGAAUACUAUGGGAAAAUCCUGAAGCAGAGCUCUGAUCUGAAGAGCAACGCAUGUGUCCCUUCAGCUAAGCCCAUUCCUGUCUACAUUAGAAAAGCUCUGACUGAGGUUCACCCAGAAGUCACGGCAAAGUACUAUGGCUGUGGUCUGGCAGUGCCCGAGUGUGUGGAGGGCUGCAGGAUUUUGGAUCUCGGCUGCGGCAGUGGACGUGAUUGCUAUGUUCUCAGUCAGUUGGUGGGCAAGAACGGUCAUGUCACUGGACUCGAUAUGACGGAAGAUCAGCUUGAGGUUGCAAGAAAAUAUAUAGACUGUCACAUGGAGACGUUUGGGUACAAGAAGCCAAAUGUGGACUUUGUUCAAGGAUACAUCGAGUCCUUGAGGGAAGCAGGCCUGGAGGAGAACUCUUAUGAUAUAAUCAUAUCAAAUUGUGUGGUGAACCUCUCACCUGACAAGGCUAGUGUUCUGAGAGAGGCCUACAAUGUACUGAAGGAUGGCGGAGAGCUGUAUUUCAGUGACGUUUACAGCAAUGCCCCGAUUUCAGAAUCCCUUAGAGCCAACAAAGUUUUAUGGGGUGAGUGUCUGAGUGGAGCUCUUUGGUGGGAGGACCUUGUGCGAUUGGCUGAGGAAGUUGGGUUUUGCAAACCCCGACUGGUCACAGCUAGCUUAAUUUCUGUAGGCAAUGAGGAGCUCGAGAAACUUCUAGGUGACUACAAGUUUGUCUCUGCUACAUACCGUCUCUUCAAGUUACCAAAGAAUUCUAAGAAGGAGCGCUGUCUUGUCAUGUAUGAUGGAAACAUUACAGGCUUAGAGAAGGAAUUUGAGUUUGAUGCGCAGUAUAGUUUUAAGGUGAAUGAGGUGAUGGAGGUGGAUGGAGAUGUAGCCAACAUCUUGAAGAACUCCAGGUUUGCUGAAGAGUUCACUUUCCAGAUUCUAGCACAGAGCAGCACAACAUCAGGAUCAUGCCGAGCCAAACCCAAGGUCAUGCCUGUGAGCCCCUUCGAACUGGCAGAGCAGCUGGGAAGUGCGAGUGUGGUUCCAUCCACAGGGUUGUGCUGUGGCCCUCAGGAGUCAUGCUGCAUGUGAAAGUACAUUAAAAAAAAUAAUAAUAAAGGAUAUAGUAUUAAACUGUGAAAUUAGACAUUCUUAAUAUGCACAAAUUCAUAAAAUCAUGUCAACUGAACAUAUAAUAUUCUUAUCACAUUGGGAUGAAAUAGCAUGAAUCAAAUUGUAGUUGUACUUACAAAAGGAUUCAUAUAAGGAAAAGCAUUCAAAAAUAAUGUAUAGGCAAUAAUGUAAUAAUGCAUACAGUAAUUUAUGUGGUCAUGCAUGUAAUGCACUUGAUGUAAAUAAAAUAAAAUAAUGCCCA